AUGCAAGAAAAGACGAUUCGGAGAAUCACUGGUGUGGUUUCCAACUACCAUCUGAAGUAUCAGGAUGUCAGUAUUCCGACGAUCAUGAACAAGUGUGCAACAAUCCCUGGACUGGCAACGCUGCUGAGCCGGUCUAUAAAGGACGACAACCAGAAGAUCGAGUUCGCAUUAGGGGUCAAGUUCAUGGAUACGAACAAGGUUUGGACGGAUCACCUCGACAAUGACGCAAGCCCUUUUCACAGGUACCUGAAACUUCUCACAACGGACUGUCCGAAGCUAAAGCUACUGGACAAUAUUCUCGAUGAGCAACUGGUACGCAAAGACUUUCUGGGUCGCCCGUCCAAAGGAAUCAUUUUCACAAGGUUCCAACGAGACGGCCCUCGUCGUUAUCUGAAGGAUAUAUAUGGACCCGCGAGAAAACACGGAGUACGGGCUACCGUGGUCUACGGGUCGAUGCCUAAGCACGAGCGUCAAAAAGCGGCCGACGACUUCCAAAAUGGCGACGAGAUCAAUUUGAUUGUGGGCGUGGCAGAAGUGUUAGGGACUGGGCUGACGUUGACGAGGUCGCAGUUCGUUGUCUUGAUGGAACAAACUGGCGAUCCUGGUAUUCAUAGCCAAAUGAUCGGUCGAUGUCUACGGCAGACCAACUGGAACUGGGAUGGGCUGAAUGUUUUUGAGCUCUACUGUGAUAAUUAUGCUCCGGAUAAGGGUAUAUAUCUGAGGAGACAGGGUCGGGGGCAGUUUGCAAACCAGCUUGACAGCAAUAUCGAGGCGAUGUUGAGCACUUACAGUGAUGACAGCAAGGCAACCGAUUUGACACAGGAAGAUUGA